AAUCCUGCCAUGUCUGGUCCCACCUGGCUGCCGCCGAGGACUCUGGACAGCCCAGAGCGAUCCGUCCCCCAGAUGUCCCACUCUGCAGGACCUCCGAUCUACCAAACCGUCAACAAGAAGGGCGUGGCCGACUUCAGGCCAAAAUACGCUCCCUAUGACCAGAACGGAGGAGCGGGGAUGACCAACAGGUACAUGGAUGGACCCACAGGUGGGCCCGUUCAUCACUCUGGUGAUCACUACUACUCUCCCCCUCACGGCCCCAAAGACGAUCGAGGCUGGAGCUCUCACAUGGACGGCUAUGACAUGAUGCACCGUGGCUCUGAAAAACCCGCCACCUACCACUCCAAGAUUGAUGCCGACAUCGACUCCCUCACCAGUAUGCUGGCCGAUCUGGACAACCAUCCGCAGGACGCCAGCAACCAACUCUAUGACAACGUGCCUUACAACAAAUACAUCUCAGGGGAUCACUACAAGUCUGCGCACCAGAGCGCAGCCUCCACUCAGGGUCGGCCGUCCAUGGGCUACAACUCUCACCCCCAGAGUCCGUUUCACCCGGCCCCUCCGUAUCCCGGCGAGCACGGCCCCCAGUACUCCCACCAGCAGGACUUCUACUCCACUUCCGCCCCGAAGCCGUAUCCGCAGCCCGUCCCGGCGUCCUACACCACCGCCUCUACCCCUACCGGGCCCCGCUUCAGCGUCCAGGUCAAGACGGCGCAGCCCGUCACCUACUCGCAGACGGGGCGGCAGGCGGAGCAGGCCUACACCCCGCCCCCUCCCCGUCAGCACGUGUCGCCGCGGCCCCCGGCCCAGACCCAGACGGGCCAACAGGGCUGGUACCCGCCGCACCCGGCCUCGCAGGUCCAGGAACUGCACUCUGAGGUGGGCUACAAGGGCCACAACCCGGGGUCCGGAGGAAGAGUUAACCAGGUUCCUCUGUCGAAGAGAGGGAUAGAGAAGACCCAGACAGCACAGACGCCUUCCUAUCAGUCCAGCAAGCAGGGGGCAGCACCAUCGAGGCCUGAGGAGGAACUGGACCGGAUCACCAAGAAGCUGGUUUACGAUAUGAACCACCCGCCUGCAGAGGACUAUUUUGGUCGCUGCGCCCGCUGCGGGGACAACGUGGUGGGUGACGGCAGCGGCUGCAUCGCCAUGGAGCAGGUGUUCCACGUGGAGUGCUUCACAUGCAUCACCUGCCACGCCCGGCUGCGAGGCCAGCCGUUCUACGCCCUGGACAAGAAGAGCUACUGUGAGAAAUGUUACAUCAGCACGUUGGAGCGCUGCUCUAAAUGCUCGAAGCCCAUUCUGGACCGGAUCCUGCGGGCCAUGGGGAAGGCCUACCACCCUCGCUGCUUCACCUGCGUGGUCUGUAACUGCUGCCUGGACGGCGUGCCGUUCACGGUGGACGCCACGUCUCAGAUACACUGCACAGAUGACUUCCACAGGAAGUACGCCCCUCGCUGCUCUGUUUGCGGCGAGCCCAUCAUGCCCGAACCGGGCCGGGAGGAGACGGUCAGGAUCGUAGCUCUGGAACGCAGCUUCCAUGUUCACUGCUACGUUUGUGAGGAAUGCGGCCUCCUGCUGUCGUCUGAAGGCGACGGUCGAGGCUGCUACCCGCUGGAUGGACACAUCCUGUGUAAGAGCUGCAGCGCCCGACGCAUCCAGGACCUCUCGGCCAAAAUCUCCACCGACUGCUAACGGCGCUCUUCCUCUGUGACGCACCCAGACCCGGUCAGCGCGUUGAGAACGGCACAAACGCGUCCGCGCAGCGUUCAGACAUCGUUAACAUUUCUUCCCCCUCCCUCCUC